GUGCCUAGGGAGUGUGUUAUACUAGCUACAGAACUGUCGGCGAACGACGCCACAAUCUCACCGUCUGUGCCUCAAUCAAGAGCUCACGCGCCGCAUCUAAUGCCAGUCUAAUCACCGUUGGCUUCGCAAUGACCGUCACAUUAACCGUUGCUAAUCGUGUGCUCUACAAGUUCGCUCUCGUUCCUAUGAAACAAUACCCUUUCUUCCUAGCUCAAUUCAUCACUUUUGGGAUUGUCACUGAUGAAAUGAUAGCUCUACCUAAAUGGCGAUUCAUGGUCAUCGGCGUUCUUAUGGCGCUUGGAGUUGCCAGCGGAAUGGCUUCUGCAGCCAUGCUUUCGGGACAGGCCUCACCAAUACUAAAUCAGCUUGCAAUUCCUCACUUUGAUGGUCACUAUGAUCAUUGGAACAUGUUGAUGGAGACCUUCUUGAGAUCCAAGGAUUAUUGGACUGUGGUUGAAUCUGGCAUAGCAAAACCAAUUGCUGGGAUUACUAAGCAAAUUUGGGACUCCAUGAAGAAGAAGUAUCAAGGAUCAGCAAGGACAAAGAGGCAGCAACUACAAGCACUUCAUUCAGAGUUUGAAAUACUUCAAAUGACAGAAGGAGAGUCUGUGACAGACUAUUUUUCAAGGACAAUGGCAAUUGUCAACAAGUUGCGUAUCGUUGGUGACAUGACACAAGACAUUGUUGUUGUGGAGAAAAUGCUUCAAUCCAUGACACCAAAAUUUAAUUAUAUUGUUUGUUCUAUAAAGGAGUCUCAUGAUAUUGAUGCAUUAACAAUAGAUGAUUUGCAAAGUUCAUUAUUGGUGCAUAAAAGGAAGCUAAAUCGACAAGAACAGAAUGAGCAAGCUUUGAAGGCCACAAUUGGCACCUCUUCUUCAUUUUCAGAUAGAUCAAACAGAGGAAGAGGAAGAGGCAGAGCUAGAGAGGAAACUAACAGGAAUCUGUGGUAUCUAGACACUGGUUGCAGUAAUCAUAUGUGUGGAGAUAAGGCGGCUUUCUCUGCCUUGGAUGAAUCUUUCAGAGAUAAAGUGAAGUUUGGAGACAAUUCUAAAACCAAUCUGCUAAGUAUUGGUCAAUUGCAAGAGAAGGGUUAUGAGAUUAUCAUCAAGAAUGGAGUGUGCAGGAUUCAAGAUUCCAAAUUGGGCUUAAUUGCUCAAGUUAAAAUGACAGCUAACAGAAUGUUUCCUCUUCAUCUCAAUUGUGCUAGUCAAUCAUGCUUCUCAGCAAAGACAAAUGAGGUGGCUUGGCUGUGGCAUUCUUGUUAUGGUCAUCUUAGCUUUGGUGGUCUCAAGCAACUUCAUCAAAAGAACAUGGUGACUGGUAUGCCUGUUUUUGAAAGUCCCUCAAAUGUUUGUGAAGAAUGUGUUGUUAGCAAGCAACAUUGUGAUCCAUUUCCAAAGGGGAGAUCAACUAGAGCAAGAAGCCUGUUGGAAAUUGUACACUCUGAUAUUUGUAGACCAAUUAAUCCAAUUUCCAAUGGAGAUGAGAAGAGGAAGAAAUUAGAUGACAAAGGAGGAAAGUCUAUCUUUCUUGGUGUUAGUAAUCAUUCCAAAGCAUACAAGCUGUACAAUCCAAAUACCAAGAAAAUCAUCAUCAGUCGAGAUGUGAUUUUUGAUGAAGGAAAAUUCUGGGAAUGGGAUGGAGGCAAAGUUGAAAAAAAGAUACCAGUUGUUUUUUAUGCUUUCAUUCCAGAAGCUGAAUUAGAUGAUGGACAGCGACCUAGUGUGUUAGAAAAAGGCCUGCAUGGAUGCUUGAUUAUGAGGAAAGCCAUGGAUGAAGAAAUUGAAGCCAUUGAAAGAAAUAAUUCUUGGGAGCUAACUACGCUUCCAGAAGUUGCUAAAGGCUACAAGCAAGAGUUUGGGGUUGAUUAUCAAGAAGUUUUUGCUCUAGUUGCAAGGCAUGAUACAAUCAAAUUGGUGAUCUCCUUGGCAACACAAAACUCAUGGCCUGUUUUUCAACUUGAUGUAAAAUUAGCAUUUUUGCAUGGAGACUUGGAUGAGCAGGUAUUUAUUGAACAACCCCCUGGUUAUGUUAAAGUUGGAAAUGAGCAUAAAGUGUAUAAGUUGAAAAGGGCACUUUAUGGACUAAAACAAGCCCCACAAGCUUGGUAUAGUCGUAUUGAAGCAUAUUUUUUGAAGGAGGGAUUUCAAAAAUGCCCUUAUGAACACACACUUUUCACAAAAACAAAAGGUGGGAAAAUGCUCAUUGUUUGCUUAUAUGUGGAUGACUUGAUCUACACUGGAAAUGAUAAGGCUAUGUUUGAUAAAUUUAAGAAGUCUAUGAUGGUUGAAUUUGACAUGUCUGAUCUUGGUUUGAUGCAUUAUUAUCUUGGCAUAGAGGUUGAUCAAUCUACUGUUGGUAUCUUUGUUUCUCAGAAAAAGUAUGUUCAAGACAUUUUGGAUAGGUUUAGAAUGAAGGAUUGCAAUCUUGUCAGCACACCAAUUGAUGCAGGAAUGAAGCUAGUUAGAAAUCUUGAAGCGAAGAAAGUCAACAGCACUUUGUACAAGCAAAUGGUGGGAAGUUUGAUGUAUUUAACUGCUACAAGACCAGAUAUCAUGCAUGUUGUGAGCCUUAUUAGCAGAUACAUGGAAAGUCCAAAGGAAAUGCAUCUUCUGGUAGCAAAAAGAAUUCUCAGGUACUUGAAAGGUACAGCUAAGUAUGGUUUAUUUUAUAAGAAUGGAGAAAAGUCAGACAUGUUUGGCUUCGCAGAUAGUGAUUUUGCAAGGGAUCUUGAUGAUAGAAAGAGCACAUCUGGUUAUGUUUUUAUGAUGGGAACAAAAACUGUUUCAUGGUCAUCAAGAAAGCAACCAAUUGUGACUUUAUCAACAACUGAAGCUGAAUUUGUAGCAGCAACAUCAUGUGCUUGCCAAGCAAUAUGGUUGCGGAGAAUUCUUAAAGAAUGUCAUUUCAAAUAGGAGGAACCACUUGUUAUUUUCUGUGACAACAACUCAACAAUUAAGUUGUCCAAGAAUCUUGUUCUUCAUGGAAGAUGCAAGCAUAUAGAAGUGAGGAAUUAUCUCUUGAGGGACCUUGUGAAAGAAGGGGUCAUUGAUCCUGUCUACUGUAGAAGUGAAGACCAGAUUGUUGAUAUUUUUACCAAACCUCUUAAGUUGUCAACAUUUCAGAAACAAAGGAAGUUGCUCGGUGUUUGUGUGUUGGAGAAUUUAUUAAAUUGAACUUUGAUAC